AUGGAAGUCGCCAAGUUGAAGGAAAUAAAAAGGGACACGAGCACAGGGAGGAGGAUAGUAGCUCCUACCGAAGUAGAGGAAGAAGGAAUAGGAAGUAUGCCCGUACGGGUAGGAAAAAUCCAAUCGAAGGGGAGACAAGCAUUUGGCACCAAGGAAGACGACACAGAUGUAUCACAUGGUAAAAGUAGUAACAUGAAAAAACUAUUUAACGGAAUUAUAGGAAGUCAAAUGAAGCAUGCCAAAAAUGUUAUCGAAGGGGUGAAGGAACAUCUAAGGUGCACAGCAAAGGGGGCAUCCAAAAAUAUGAAUUACCCCUUCUGUAAGUCUCCUUGUAAUAUUGAGGAUCUCAAAAACACCAUCUACAUCAACGAAGGCGAAAUCAUCAUUAGGAAAAACGCCUAUAAAAAUCUAUUCAAUAGUAGGAGGGAAGACAACAAGGAAACGAAGGAGACACCUGAUUUGAAAAAGAAUUCAAAUGAAGAUAUUUUUUCUUGCAAAAAUAGAGACAUAAUUUUUCGGGGCACUCACAACUUUGGUUUUCACGUAGAGCUCUCUUGUGAGAAUGAAGAAAAUAAAAUUAUCGCCUAUGCAUAUGAUACGGAUACAAAGAAAAGGAUUCCAUGUGUUUACCGGUGGACACGCAUCUACUCUGAUCAAACAUGUAACAUGGUUAGUCGCAGUUUUGCUAACUCAGGCAUCGCUGGAAAUGGUAACAUCAUUGAAUCGGUUGACACCGUUGGCAGUGCUUCAGAUGGAGGAAGUUAUUCAGACGGGAAAAUUCACCCUGAGAUAUCGCAGUAUGGAAGCGAAUACGAAUUAACCUGUGAUGAUAUAGGACUCAAAAUUUGUGUGGAGUGUUCUUACCUGAAUUAUGGACAAUUGAAAAAAGAUACCCGAUGUAAGUAUCCGCGGAACAAUGUAGAAAACUCCAUAGGAAGUUGGCAGGAAAGCGAUGCGAGUGUAGAUGGUAAAAUUGUUGAUCAGUCGGGCUGCAGUGAUGUUCAGCUAUAUAAUGACAUUUCUUCGUUUAAGAAUAGCUUCACGGAUAGUACUGAUCCACACCCAUCGGGAGUGAAUCCACAUGAUCUAAGUACGUUCCGACGUGGAGAUAGAAGCAGUGGUCCUUCCCGCUCUUCCAGUCGAAUCGCUACCGAAAUCAGCAACCAUUAUACUAGUGGGACAAACGAAAGAGGAGACUUACAAAACAUUAAGAAAGAACCCUUUACUUUGGAUCCAUACGAAUCAUCUCUGAGGGAAAAGAAUUUCAUCUGUGCUCCCACGCAAACGAAUAAUGAUCAUCCCCCUAAUAAUCUCUUCAUCGAUGGGAAGUACACAGGAGUUGCAGUGGCCGAAGUGGGACCAUUCACUUUGAACGAAAAAACGAAAAGGAUGCUCCAAACAGUUAUACAAAAUGAUAUAAUAAGGUAUCCAAUAUAUGUUGUGCGGAAGAGCACCAAAGAUGAUGAUAAGGUUGGAAAGGCUUAUGAAAGAGACUCAAUUAAUAUCAUUCCUUCAAAAGGAAAGAACAGAAUAAAAGGUUUGGAUGCGUAUAACGACUGCACCACCAGUGUAGAUGAACAUAGCCUCAGCUCCAACGUGGACAGUGAACAAGACGAUCAUCUAUACAUGCUUCAUAUUCACAAAAACGAGAUAAAGCUUGUGAGUCAAAGUAACAUAACAACACAGAUGUGGAGUUACAAGUUCAGUGAUGUCUAUCCCUACGUAGAGUUUUCACGUCGCGCUAAUAGUUGUAACGACGAGUUUUUUCUCCACACCAGUGACAGAGAAUACUGUAUUUGCAAAUGCCUGCACAAAAGGCACCGAGAUUUAAUUGCUAUCAUCCUGAGAUACAUGCACGCAAAUCUGCAAAUACUUAAUGACUACAUUUUUAACAACAUCAAUGAGAGCUUCGAAAAUAAAAGAGCCAAAAAUAUAUUUGAUAAUGUAGAUGUCAACUCCAUCCUAGAAAAUGUCAACAGAGAGCUCCUCACACAUCAAAAACUCAAUCAAAAGUAUCUGCAGAAGAUUAAGAAGCUUCGUGGCGAGAAAAAUAUUCUAGAGGAAGACCUUAAGAACACUAUUGAGGCGUUUCAGGCUCAGCUUGACACCGUGAAGCGAUUCAAGGAUGAAAACGAGCUAGUCAAAACGAAUGAACACCUGAUGAAAGAAAUAAAGCUAUUACAGGAUAAGUACAAAAACGUAGACUUGUUUUUUAAAAACAAGUACAAACUCCUACUGAACGACAUCGAACGGUAUAAAAAGUUGGUGGAUGAGAGAAAGACAAAGGUCAUCUCGCAGGAAGCCGAAACGCUACGGGCCAAAUUGGAGGCUGUUGAGCACGAAAAGAACGAUUUGAGAAGAGAGACCGCUAAAAUAAAGAGAUAUUAUGAGGAAGAGAAAAAAAGCAAAAUCGAGCUACAGAAUCGGCUGGAGGAAUUGAGUCUGAAGAUGGAAAAUCUGAAAAAGUCGCUGGAGGAAGAAAAAAGCAAAGGGGAAAGCACCUCCGGAUGUAUGAAGGAAAUAGAAGAACUGAGAAAAAACAACAUCAUACUGCAGCAGAAGAAUGUAGCCAUAUCGGAUCAGGUGAACAUUCUCGUCACGGAAAAAAACAGACUCUCCAAGAUGGUUGACUCGCUUACGAAGGACAUUGAGAAGGCCAAAACGAACGGAGGUCUUCGAAGCGCGGAGGGUCAGAAGAAAGGCCCUAAAUCCCUCCCCAGUGAUGACCCCAACCAAAGCGAGGAAGACAACCACCAGAAACUUCUAAAGGAAGUCGCAUCCCUACGUGGAGAAAACGAGCUUUUAAAAAAAAGAAUAAAAAAGUUUGCUAAAAUUAAUUCUAUGGCUUGA